CUCCCUGCUUCAAAGCCGGGGGCUUCCUGCUCCGCUGGCUGGAGGCUGAGCUGGGCCGUCCCGACCCAGAGCUCCUGUGGGGCAGGAUGAUGGGGGGGCUCUGCUCCCAGCUGGCCGCGCUGCUCCUGCUGCUGGUGCUGCCGUCUCCAGCACAUGGUGCUGAGGAGAGUCAAGAUCAGCCAGUGUUCAGCCGUAUCAUAGGGGGGCAGGAUGCACAGGAGGGUAUAUGGCCCUGGCAGGUCAGUGUGCAGAAAUAUGACAAGCGUGAAUACUACCACAUCUGUGGAGGAUCCCUCAUCUCAGCCCAGUGGGUGGUGUCAGCUGCUCACUGCUUCCAUCCCUCUACCCCUGUCUCUGCCUAUCGCAUGAACCUGGGGGAGCACCAGCUCUCCAACCCCUCCCCCACCCGGAUCUCGUCCCCCGUGCGUCGCAUCGUCAGGCACCCCGACUACAACCCAAGCACAGUCAUCGCCGACAUCGCCCUGGUGCAGCUGACGGAACCUGUCGCCUUCACGGAUACCAUCCGCCCCGUCUCCCUGCCGGGGCCCUCCACCCAGUCCCCAGCCGGGGAAAAGUGCUGGGUCACGGGCUGGGGCCGCAUCGGAUGGGGGUGUGGAGAUGUGCUUCCGCCGCCCCGGACGCUUCAGCAGCUGCAGGCUUCUCUCGUUGACGCGUCGACCUGCGAAACGCUCUUGGGGAGCUGCAAACUGUGGAACCAACCCACGAUGCUGUGCGCGAGGGCCCAAGAUGCCCGGAGUGGCCCCUGCAAGGGUGAUUCCGGGGGGCCUCUGGUCUGUCCAAAGGGAAACAGCUUCAUCUUGACUGGGAUCGUCAGCUGGGGGAUUAACUGCACAGGCAGCACACCCCGCCCAGGGGUGUACACCUGGGUCUCGGUCUAUGCCGAGUGGAUCCAGGAGGUCACGGGCAGCGCUGGCCCAUUGGCCUUCUCUCCUGCUGUACUGCUCCUUGCUGGGCUCCUGCUGCCAGCCCUGUGACCUGCCGCCUGGGGCACCAACCCCCCCAGCACAGACGCCUGCCUGAGCUAACACAGCAGCAGGACACCCCUCUGGGUAUGGGCUGUGCUUCCUGGGCAUGGGCUGCAGGGAGAUCGGAGCCGGCAGCCCCCCGCCAGCCAGGGUGUCCAUAGACUCUCUUGGUACUGGGUGUGGGCCCCACAUUCCUGGGGCCUGGGGGACACAGCUGGGAGAGGGUGGUGGAUAGCAGCACAGGGGUGCUAUGGGGGUGGGUAGGGAAGUGGGGGGGUUAUAUCCAGCUCUUCCUGCAGCUCUGUAACACCCUCCAGAGGUGACUGGGAAGCUGACGGGGACGGGCCCCGCAGCCCCUAUGAUCCCGCAACUUGUGCUCUGAAAAUUGUCAAUAAAUCGGCUUUGCAAA